CGCGUGCUCCGCUUCACCUUCUCCGUGUCGACCACGUCCACAAAGGAGCCGGACGUGAUCCUCGCGGAGGUGCUCCGCGUUCUCCACGAGCACGGCGUGAAAACGGACGUGGCGGGCUUCAUUGCGAACUGCAGUUACCCGCAGCAAGGGGUGGAUUUCGAGAUGGAGGUGUGCAAGCUGCCGCGGCUGAAUGUAAAUGGGUUGAGGUUUAAGCGCAUGAGUGGGGAUUCGUGGGCUUACAAGAACCUGUUGACGGAUCUGAUCGGGAAGAUGAAUUUGUAG